AGGCACAUGUCCGAACUCACGUGUCCACUUAAACGCACCACUUCUUCUGUGCUCUCCACGCGCCUCCUUCUUCCCCCACACGCCCCUCCCGAGUCCCGACCUUCUUCCUUUUAUUUUCCUUUUCCUCCAAACAUUUCUCAGAUUCUCUCGUAAGCUUUGUUAUUUCUUCUCCUCGUUUCGAAUCCUAAUUGUCUUCAAUUUCCGACGAGAUUCUCACCGGAGAAAAGGUGACUUGACAGAGAAUCUUGUUCUUUUAACAAAAGCAAAAGAUGGCAUCGAAAACUCCUUCCACAUCGUCUGAUGAAGCAAAUGCUACUGCAGAUGAAAGAUGUAGAAAAGGUAAAGUACCCAAAAGGAUUAACAAGGCUGUUCGUGAGAGGCUUAAGCGCGAGCAUUUGAAUGAGCUUUUCAUCGAAUUAGCUGAUACUCUUGAACUGAAUCAACAGAAUAGUGGGAAAGCUUCUAUACUAGGCGAAGCUACUCGGUUUUUGAAAGACGUGUUUGGUCAAAUCGAGUCUCUUAGAAAGGAGCACGCUUCUCUCCUCUCUGAAUCUAGCUAUGUAACCACAGAGAAGAAUGAGCUCAAGGAAGAAACAUCAGUGCUUGAGACUGAAAUCUCGAAACUACAAAACGAGAUAAAAGCAAGAGCAAGUCAGUCGAAACCUGACUUGAACACCUCUCCUGCACCCGAGUACCAUCAUCAUCAUCAGCAUCCUGAACUUGCAUCUCAGUUUCCAGGACUUCCCAUUUUCCAAGGGCCCGGCUUUCAACAAUCUGCUGCAACUUUUCCUCCUCCUGCAACAGUUCUUGUCCUUCCGAUACAACCCGAUCUCCAGACACAAGAUAUCUCAGAAAUGACAGGGCGUUUGCAGACACAAGCGCAGCCUUUGAUGUAUAAUACCUCAAAUGUGAGUAAGCCAUGUCCAAGGUAUGCUAGUGCGGCUGACUCGUGGUCUUCUCGGCUACUUGGGGAGCGAUUGAAAGCCAGUGAAUAAGGUCUUGAGCGGCUCCACAUGGAGUAGCAACACAAGUUAAGACAUGGCAACAACUUAUGAAGGACCCUGGUUUUGUAUUUUUAACAUCAUCUGAUGUCCUUGUGGGUUUGGCCUUGGCCAUUUCUUGUUUUUGAUGUGGCUAUUCAUAGGAUCAGGAAGUUAUGGCCUUUACUUUAUGGGUCGUUUGAGAUAAAUAAGUAAAUUAGCUCUAACCA